CAGCACCAAAUCACAACAACAGUCGUCUCAGGGCGCUUUACACUGUAAGGCAGACCCUACAAUAAUACAAACAUUACUGAAGGUGAUUAAAAAAAACAGUUCCUACUUCAUCGAAUUACAAAAAAGGAGAAUGAGCAAAUGUGACGGUACAAUUAUGACCAGCCGUAAAGAAAAUGUAAAUGUUAUCAGAAUAUUUUAACUCCAUAGCUACUCUCUCUAGGUAUUAUUUUUAGAAAAGGUUAAACUGGUUAUUUGUCAGAUUGAUCUGAAAAGGAAGUGACUUUUUAAAAAUGAACUUGACUCAGCUACGAAGAGAACGGCUCUGAGAAAAUCACCAGGACAAGAAGGCUUCAGCAUUUUGCGCAGAUAUCAGAGGUUUGCUUCGUAAAGCAAUAAAACAAUGUAUACAGUGAAGCGAGAGAUAAUUAGUUUAAUACCAAAACGAAAUAUUCUGAAUAAUUUAAGGCCAAUUACAUUAAUAUUUACACAGAUGGUUUGCUCCAAACACAUAAUAACAACAGUGUGGCAGCAGAUUAUGCAGAACGGCUGGAACAGAAUGAAAGAAAGUGAAAUAACGUUUGUCAGGUUUCAGUUUUUGGAUUUAACAAACAACAACGACGGAACAGAUUUCAGUAUUUAUUGAUCCAACACAUGCUUUCAAAGUAUCCAACGGAACUAGCAGGAGGUUAGACUGUAAUAAAUGCUGUGAGUGCGGUACAGACGUUCAUCAGUUCUGGUUUAGUGUCCCAGUAUCUUGUCCAGUAAACACUGGGUGGGGUCCAGUUUGACUCCUUAAACGUGCGGGUAUUACUGCGUUGAAAAAAAAGGCUCUACAAGAGAUUUUCUUCUCAAACUGAGCUAUAAUUAUUUUUUCCUAAUGUGGCUUUAACACUCCGUCGUGGGUUUUUACGUACACAGGUACACGUGUAAAUAAAAAGUCGACGAGUAUUUUAGUUUUAUAAGCGCUGCCCUAUUUCACAGAAAAAUGGUGCUUUGGCGCAAUCGGUACUUAAAAAGUAGAAGUCCAGUAAAUCACAGCUGUUAGUAGUUUUGGUGGAUGCGUUACAGCCCGCGGAACAAGAAGUGAGGAGAAACACCUGGCUCAGGUUACGGAAAUAACAGCCAAGUCAGAGUUCCGCAUAAUUUCAACACUGAAAGAAUUUGACGGGACAAAGUGUCCUCGGUGUGUUUGUACAGUGGAGGACUGGACCGCAGCUGGAAGGCGAUGGGAAACUGGGAAAGCUUCAGACGAGACAACAGGGAGUCCAGAAAGGAGCCGGUUGGAAAAGAGCCCAACGUACCAGAAAUUACAGUGACUGAAGCGUCGCCGCUCUCUCCAGAGAGAUCUUUCUUUAGCGUACCCGGGCCUGCACACACUGGUACGACGGGACAGGUACUUACUGCUGCUGAGCAGCAGGCUGAGUCUGAGUCACAGGAAAGCCUGAGCGCAGCAGAGGGGCUUAGUGUGACCAUGUGCAGAAAGUCUGCAGAGUCCCAGCACAGGUCUCCCUUUGGCCCGCCGGAGUCACAGGAGGAGGAGCGCGUAGAUACGCACAGUUUGUCUGGAAGUGACGAUAACAGCACCCCAAGAGGGAGUCGCAAGCAUUUCAUAGAGGUCAUGAUGAACAGCUCCCCAGCGAUUCGGCGCUCUUUUUACCUGUCCCCCAGGGCUGAAGCUGACUCCACCUCUAUGGUUUCCUCCACCCUGGACGAAGACAGGACAGCUGUAGCCUUGGAGCCUAUGGAGCAUGAGUGGAUGAUGUGUGCUUCAGACGGGCAGUGGAGCAGCUUGCAUCGCCUCCUCACCGCAGAACCCAGCCUCAUCCUGAAGAAGGAUUUUGUGACUGGCUUCACCUGCCUGCACUGGGCCGCCAAGCACGGCAAGCCUGAGCUCAUAGCCAUGAUUAUUAAUUUUGCCAAGCUGCACAACAUUUCUAUUAGUAUUGAUAUUCGAUCCAGCACUGGCUACACACCUCUGCACAUCGCCGCCAUGCACGGUCGUGUGGAGGUGGUCAAGCUUCUGGUUAGAACCUACAAUGCAGAUGUGGAGAUCAGAGACUAUAGUGGGAGGAAGGCCUGCCAGUACCUCACUGACAACUUGAGCGUGGACAUACGGAGCAUCGCUGGAGGCUGUGAGUGCUCUGCAGGUGAGAACUCUCAUCCCAGGGACGGAAGACGCUGGAGGAUCUCUAACAUAAAGCCCCUCAGCCAGCUUAACUCCAACGAUUGUGCUUCUGGGGACAGUGAGGGCCAACCCAGGGAAAUGCCCCUCAGGAGGAAGUCCUCACUGAGCAGGAUGAAGCCCAAACUGCAGAAGCUUCGUGACAGGACAUCCCAGAUCGUCCACAGCACUUCAUUCAAAGAUAAAGAGCAACUAGGAGGGUCAAAGAGAGCCUCUAGAUCCAGAGCCAAGAGCCACUUCUUUGGGUCAGAUCAGUACUGACACAGGAUGUGGUGGAGCACUACGUAUAUCUCCCAGCUUAUUUUCAUUUAUCGUUAUUGCAAACAGCCUUUCAGUGCAGUGUCUGCUUGACUUGACUGAACAUCAUGUUGAUUCAAUGGGAACAUGAAAAACAUGCUUUACUAGCUUUGGAUUAUCAAACAGGAACUUUUCUGUGUGGUGAAUAUAUGAAGCAGCUUUCAUGGUUACUGUGGCCCACUGAAGGCUGUGGGGUCAGUGGAGGAGGACAUGAGCGACUGUACUUUUAACAGCUUUUCUCUCCUUUUAGUUUUCUUUAUGAAAUAAACUAAGGGAACAGUAAUGAUCAGCUCCAUGAUGUACAACAAACGCACACUGUGUGUUCACAGCAGUAACUCCUACUAGCCUUUAAAUCAGAUCACAGAUGGUGAGACUCCCUCUGCAGGCCAAGCUGGGUAUUUUUAUCCAUCCACAGCUGACAGUAAAGCCCGUCGACCUUAAGUCAGUAAUCCGCCUGCAGUCAUCCAGAUUACUGUGUCACGAGGCUGUGAGGGAGUGUAAGGUGACAGAGAAGCUCUAGCAAAGUGUGACCACUUUGUGUGACCGCUGAGCACUGAGUGCACUGACACAUGUCACAUGAUCCAUUGAGUUUAUGGUUUACUGUAUGUGAGGACAGCAGUGGAGCAGAGGCUUAUGAGCCACGCAUGUACUAAACGUCCUGCUUCACCUCCUUCUCACACCCGGCAUCUCAUUUCUGGGAAAACCCUUCUCCCUGAUGUUGUGUGGAUGUGUGGAAGUUUCGUCACCCUGUUUUCAUCAGUGUGUAAAGAAGCACUUCUUCUCUUAGCUGCACGUUUAAUCUUUAACAGCUUGCACUUCAGCAUUUAUUUUUGCACGUUUACCUGGUUUAAUGACACCAUUUGAAUGUUUGUUUUACUUAUUAAAUAAAACACUCCAUCUCCAUCUGA